AUGGCAUCAUGUGAAGGAGACUUCUCAUGGGACAAUUUCAACGAAGAUUAUGUCGUGAGGAGUAAGUACGGCCGUCAUAAGGACGAGGCUGGUCGUUGGGUAUCGAAUAAUCCUGAAACUUCAGUCAAUGCACAAAAAUUCGGUGAAGACAGAAGCCCUUAUAUAGUGGAAGCAACGAAAAAAUUUGGAAAAAAUAGGCGUCCAGAAGCUGGCUACUACUUGGAUUAUUUGCUCAAUGAGAGCAUUAUAAUGGAUGGACCUGGCGAGAACGUUACCGUUAUUAAAUCGUUUGAAGAAAUGAACUUAAAUUCAACACUUAUGCAAAAUAUUCGGGGGAAGAAUUAUUCCGAACCAUUACCAAUACAGAGAGCGACAUUUUCCUUAAUUCAAGCUGGUUUCGACGUAAUUGGACAUGCAGUAACAGGUGGUGGAAAAACAGCGGCAUUUUUAAUACCAGUAAUAAAUUAUAUUUCAACUCAAAAAAGUGAAGCUAAGUCUGGAAGGAAUGUGUAUCCUUAUUGCAUAGUCGUUUCGCCAACUAAGGAACUUGCUGAACAAUUAUAUGAAGACGCGCUAGUAUUAUCUGCUGAUUUGAAUUGCACGGCUGUGUUGAGCUUCGGUGAGAUACCUCGUCAAUACAACAUUGUCUGUAUAAAAGAUGGAUGUGAUAUAUUUAUUUGCACUGUUGGGCGACUUUGUGACUACCUUCAGAAUAAAGUUUUGGAAUUGCGUCAUUUACAUUUUUUGGUUUUUGAUGAAGCAGACAGACUGUUACAAAUGGAGGGGUUUUAUCAUGAUUUAGUCGAAAAUCUUAUACCAAAGUGUCGUGAGAUUCGAAAUCUCCGAAAACUGUUAUUCAGUGCAACGGACUAUAACGAUCUUGCUAAACUGAAAGAAGAAUUUUCAAUGCCAAAUGCCACAAAAGUUGUUGUUGGUGCUCUGAACAGUGUAAAUCCCUUUAUUGAACAGCGAGUUUUAAAUGUUGAAGUUCAUGAAAGGCGAGAAGCACUGUUGGAUUUGAUACAGGACAUCUAUUUAAAUAAUGAUGAUAAAUCAUUGCCAAAAACAAUCAUUUUUGUUAACACAAAACGUUUUGCAACAGUUAUUGCAUGCUAUCUGUCGCUGAAAGGAUAUAAAGCUUAUCCAAUUCAUGGAAAUCUUACUGCAAAAUUACGAAGGGAGGCAAUCGAGGCUUUGCAGAGUGGUGAUUGCCACAUACUGGUAUCUACUGAUUUGGCAGCGCGAGGUUUGGAUAUCAAAGGCAUAUCACACAUAAUAAAUUACGAAAUACCCAGGCCUGAAAGCUUUCUGUCAUAUGUUCAUCGCGUUGGACGUACGGGACGUGCUGGAAAUUUUGGCCGUUCAACUACAUUUUUUGCUCCAUCUGUGGACCAUAGCAUGGCUCCAUUUCUCUACGGGUGGCUUGAAAAGAAUAAACAAGAAAUACCUGCUUUCCUGCUUGAAGAAGCCGAGCGGCAAAUAGAAACCGAAAAUUUGCAGAGGAAAACAAGGGAAGAAUAUGAGCGAGCACUGAAUAAAAUCUACGUGGAAAGCAGCGAUGGGGAAAUUGAUCAUUGA